CAAACUUAUUUUCCCCCUUACCUUUUUUAUAAAUUCGAGUUUCUUUCUUUUCUUCCCAAAAUUUUGUCCGCCGUUUGAGCCAUGCCUAGCAAUGUUGAUAAAAAGGCAUUACCCAGUUACAUGAUGUACGUCAAUGGCGGUUUAGCUGGAAUGAUGGCUACCUGUAUUGUCCAACCACUUGAUUUGGUGAAGACUCGGAUGCAGAUUUCGGCCACCACGGGCGAGUACAAGAGCUCCUUUGAUUGUCUAGCGAAAGUUUUUAAAAGCGAGGGCAUCCUAGCGUUCUAUAAUGGACUCAGUGCGGGCCUGAUGCGACAGGCCACGUACACGACGGGUCGAAUGGGAUUCUAUCAAGUGGAGAACGAGGCAUAUCGAAAUCACUUUAAUGCUCCACCGACUCUUUUUUCCAGUAUGGGCAUGGGAAUAUUGGCUGGAGCUGUUGGAGCCAUGAUCGGCAAUCCCGCUGAGGUAGCCUUGAUCCGGAUGAUGUCCGAUAAUCGAUUGCCUCCUGCUGAGAGGCGUAACUAUAAGAACGUGGUCGACGCCUUUGUUCGUAUCGUGAAGGAUGAAGGUGUGACUGCCCUCUGGAGAGGAUGUACGCCUACUGUGGGUCGUGCCAUGGUCGUUAAUAUGGUCCAGUUGGGUUCGUAUUCCCAGUUUAAGGGAGCGUUUGGUCCAUACUUCUCGGGACUUGGACUUCACACAUCCGCUGCCAUGAUGUCUGGACUGUUGACCACCAUUGCCUCAAUGCCACUGGACAUGGCCAAAACGCGAAUCCAGCAGCAAAAAUCGGGAGAAUACAAAGGCACCAUGGAUGUUUUGAUGAAGGUGUCUAAAAACGAGGGUAUCCCCGCACUGUGGAAAGGGUUUACCCCGUAUCUAUGUCGUCUAGGGCCACACACUGUAUUUUCGUUUAUUUUCCUCGAACAGCUGACCAAGGCCUAUAAACGUAUAGUUCUCGGUGACGAUUCUGACUCCACUAUAUAAAUGUGUUUAAUUAUUUAUCUUUUAUCUAAAUUUUAGUCACCAAAUAGUAUAGAUUGUCGUUUUAAAUCAGUGAAAUAUCUUUAAACUUCAUCCUCAAUGGCCAAAAUCUAGUCACACCUUUUUGAAAGCUUUAAAAAUUGUUUUUUUAACUUAAACCAAAUCUGUGAUAUCUGUGAAAACAUCGUACAUAUUGUUCAAUAAAUAAAAUCAAAGCUGCAUUAUUACAAAAUA